AUGGAUUUUGAUGAUGAAUUAGAAUUUAUGACAUUAAAAGAAGGAAUUCUUUUGUUACAAGAAGAUGGACAAUUUGUAGAUAAAAGAGUAUCAUUGGUUUCAGAAGCAGGAUGUAAUAAAAGUUUUGAAACAGCAAAUUUUUUAUCAGUUGUUGGAUGUAUAUUAAAUCAAAUGGAAAACAGCCAAUUAUUAUUUGAAUUGGUUGUAUCAAAUAAUCACUCUUUGAAAUUUCAAUGUAACAAUAAUGAAGAAAAGCAACAAUGGAUAAAGCAUUUAUCAGAAUACACCACUCCACCAAAGAAUAAGUCUAGGGGCAUCUCUUUACCAGACGUCAAAGUAAGCACAUCUCCAGUUCAUCAUAGAAAUUUUAAUCAAAGCGCACCAUCCUUGGUUUCAACUACAGUACAUGAUUAUAAUGAUGAUGAUCAAAGAUUUGGCAGUAUUCAAAAUCUAUCAAAUAAUUCUUAUGAUGACGAUGAAGAAAGGGAGGAUGGUGAAGUGGAGCAAGAGGACGAGGAUGAAAGCCAAGAUGAAGACCAAGAGGAUAGUGAUUCUGAAGAGCAAGAUGAUGAAAGCAGCCUUUCUGAAGAGAGUGAGUCAAAUGACGAAUUUUAUUAUGACUAUGAAAAGGAAAAGGAAAAACAAUUAAAAAAUGGUAAUAAAUCAUCCACAACUGUUGGUACUAUAAAAUUAACAUCAUCAUCAAACAAUAUUGCAACUCUACAACAAGACCAGCAACAAAAACCUUUAAAGUCAUAUCAAUUUACAGAAGAUGAAUCAUUUAUAAUUGAAUUAUUCCCAAAUGUUGAAGUCUCAGUAAUUUUAGAUGCCUUAGAAUUUUGUAGAGGUGAUAGAGAUGAAGUAAUUGCAUUAUUGGCUUCACAAACCCGUCUUUCAUACCAAGGUGAUCUUAAUGGUUUUUCACCAGUUAAUAAAAAGAAUGGCUUUGGUCAACACAUAAAACAACAACAACAAGAAGAACAAGAAAAACAAAAACAACACUUAAAAGAACAAGAAGAACAAAAUAAAUUAAAAAAAGAAUUAAAAGAAGAUUUAAAACAAUUAGAGUUAGAAGAAGAAGAAAUAAAUAAACAAAUUAAGCAAUUACAACAACAACAACAACAGCAACAAACUAGACCAAGAAAUUUUAAAACACCAGAAACUUAUCAAAAACCAAAUUUCCUUAAUAAUUGUAAUAUUACUUUAAAGAAUGAUAGAUCAUGUGAUUCAUCAGAAAAUGGAUCAUUAGAAGAUGAGGUAUCAUUCGAAAAUCAUCACAAUCAACUUCAUUGUGAGCCAGUUAAAGUUUCAAUAGCCCAAAUUGAACCAUCAUUUGUUGCUUUAAAUAUUUCAAAUGUUUCAAUUGUAGAUAAUAUAUCACCACCAUCUUUUAAAUCAUAUUCAACUUCAUCUUUACCAUCAACCUCAUCAGUUUCAUCGACCAAUUCAACAAGUAAUGUAAAUAGAAAAAGCAAUUGGUCUUAUAAACCAUCAACCUCAGUAGCAUCAUCAUCAUCAUCAAACCAUAACCAAUCAUCUGCCGCAUCAUCAUUAUCAUCUUCACAAGAGAGAUCAUUAUCAUCCUCACAAGAUCAUUCAUUAUCAUCAUCACAAGAUAGAAGCUAUCAUAGUAGUGUAAAUAGUAGUUAUAGUAAUAGUCCAAGAGCAGCUUCAUCACCAAACUCUUUAAGAAGCUCCCAAGAAAGACCAAAUACACCAACCAGUUGGAAACCAUUCACUAAAUCUGGUGCAGCCUGGGAUCUUUCAAUCAAAAUUAAUGGUUUCUUUCAAUUGGAUGAUCAUAUAGAAUAUAGAAUUCAUGUAAUUUCAAAUUCUAAUGAAUGGUUUGUUUUUAGAAGAUAUAAUAAUUUUUUGUUAUUAGAUAAAAAGCUAAAAAAUUUAGGUAUAAUCGAUAAAAAAGAUAUCGGUUUAACUUUACCACCAAAGAAAUUAAAAGUAGCAUCAAAUCAAGUUGCAAAAGCAAGACAAGAACCACUCGAAUCAUACCUAGUAUACUUGUUGUCCAAUUAUCAAGGUAUUUUUUAUAAUAAUAAAAUACCAUUUAAUAAUAAUAACCACAAUAAUACAAUAUUAAAUGCCGCUUCAAUUAAGGGAUUAAGGAAUAGGAGCCACAGUGCAUCGUUAAUAGUGGAGACUUCACCAACAAAGAAAAAGUUUUCACAACCACAGUCACAAUCACAAUCACAAUCACAACUACAACCACAACCACAAUCACAAAAUAAUAAUCUUUCAUAUCAACAUAAAACACCCGAUAAAUCCAAUGCAAUCUUUAAAUCAUCACCAAAUUUCGAUACACCAACGUCAAAUAUGUCACAAUUAAAUUUAUCAUCUCAAUCAUGUUUUUCUAAUAAUAGUAGUUCUGCAGCAGAUUUUAAUAGUUAUAUAGAUGCCAAAUUAUUAGAAGAAAGUAAUUAUUAUAAAAAUUUCAAUAGUAAUAGCAAUAAUAAUAAAGAGCCAAUAAGGGAUAAAGAGGUUAUAGUUGAUAAAGAAAAUAAUAAAGAUAACAAUAAGGAAAAUAAUAAAGAGAAUAAUAAUAAAGAAAAUAAUAAUAAAGAGAAUAAUAAUACUAAAGAGGUAAUUAUAGCGGAUAGUAAACAACCACAAAAUGAAAAUAAUAAUAAUAAUAAUAUGAAUAAUAACAAUAUUCCUAAUAAUAAUAAUGGCAAUAUUAGAGUUAAAAAGACAGUUUUUAAAAAUUUAUUAGAAUUUAUCAGAAAACCAAAUUUUUCAGUAAUGUUUGGGUUCAGUCCCAUAUAUUUUGUAGAGUCAUUAUUUAUUGUAAUGUUAAUCUACUUAUUUUCAAAAUUUGUAUUUAAAGAGGUAUCGAUUUAUGUUGUAUCUAUAUUUGCCAUUUAUUUUGUAUUGUAUUUUGAUAAUCGAUAUCAAAUAUUAAAUAAAUUAAGUUCUAAUAAUAAUAGUAGAGGUGAUAAAACAGAAAAUAGUAAUAUUGAUAAUAAUAAUAACAAUAGUAACAGUGAUAAUCAAAUUAAUAGUGAUAAUAAUCAUAAAUAUAAUAAAUAUAUAUCAAGUCCAGAAAUUGCAAAAGAUAUUAAAUCAAGAAUUAGCUUUUAUGAAAAUACCAGUAGUUCUAAUUUAAUUGGCGGCACUCUAUCUUUAUCAAAUGUAAAUAGUGUUAAUGGUACACCAAUCGCUGCUUCACCAGCCAUCAGUAACUCUAGUGCUGGAAGUAGUGGUGUUGGUGUUAAUGGUAAUGGUAAUGGCGGCGGCAGUAUUGGCAAUGGUAGUGGCUUAACUAAAGAAAAUAGUAGUAGCAAUUUAAUUAAUAAUAGCAAUAUAAUGAAUAUCAAGACUCAUACUCGAUCUUCAUCUGGCGGAGUUAGUGGCCAUCAACCCCAAAUUAUCAAUAGAAAAAGCCUACCACCAGAAUAUUAUAAUCAAUAUUUUAAUUAUUUACCACACGAAAAAUCACAACAACAGUUACAGCAACAGUUACUACAACAGCAACAACAUCAACAACAUUCUCAAACCCAAACACCACAAGCACCACAAACACCACAAACACCAUCCUCCUUCAAUGCUGAUGAUGGUGAUAUAGUUAAUAUCAGUCAAGAUCAUGAUAAUAGUUUGUUUUCUGAGGAUAAUAACCUUAUCGAUUCGGAUCAAGAUGAUCAACAGUCACAAUCAUCACAUUCCUCAAAUUCUUCAUCGCAACAACAAUUACUUUCAUCCAAUGUUGAUGAAACUAAACAAGAGUUAUCACAGUUGGAAAAUACAAAUAAAGUUAAAAGUACAAUUACCAAAUUUAGUAAAUUAUCAAGUGGUAUUGAAGAGAAAUUAGAUUGGGCACUUUCUCAAUUUUCAUUAUCACCCUCUAGAUCUUGUCAUUCAGUAACAGUUUAUGGUUCAUCCAUUGUAUUAAUUGGUGGGGAAGGUAUAAAUGAAAACUUGGUACAAUUUAUUGACGUUGAAAGAAAUUUAUCAAUUUCACCAAAAGUUACAGGAGGUAAAGUUGGUCCAGAAACUAUAUAUUCCCAUGAUUAUUGUAGAGUUGGUAAUAAGUUUUAUUUGUUUGGUGGCUUUGUUGGGGGUAAAUUAUCAAAUAAAGUCUAUGUAUUAACUAUAAUGGAUGAUUCAACAGUCCAUUGGUCAAUGCCACGUAUAAGCGGAAAUUUACAACCAUCUGCUAGAUAUGGUCACACAUUCACAAGAUAUGGAAACAAGUUUUUAUUAUUUGGCGGUAAUGAUGGUGAACAAUGUUUAAAUGAUUUACACUCUCUAGAUCCAGAAACAAUGUCAUGGUCAUCAAUUACAUCAGCUAAAGGUACUCCACCUAUCGAGCGUUUUGGUCAUACAAGUACGAUAUUAGGUGAAAAAUUAAUAGUGUUUGGAGGCUCAAGUGGAUCAAAUAAGAAUGGCAGUUCUACAGUUAAAGAUUUGAAUGAUAUGCAUGUACUCUCAUUAUGUGAUGGUUAUCAAUGGCAACAAGUUACUUUUAAUAACCUUAGUGGAGAAAUUCCUUGCGAACGUUCUUUCCAUUGUUCCACAAGAGUUGGUAGAAAUAUAGUAAUGGUGGCAGGUAAAGCUAAAGAUGGUACUCCAUUAAAAGAUGUUUGGGUAUUGUCUUAUCGAAUGCAAUGGUCCAAGGUUACCGGUACUCAAUUUACUCCACGUUCUCAUUUUGGUUUAAUUAAAAAUGGCAGUAAAUUAUUUGUUUUGGGUGGUAAAGGAAGGGAUUCUAAUGGUGCAACUACUAUAUUGGAUGAUGUUUGGUUUGUAAAUACAGUUACUUUACCAAUCACAUCAAGUGUAACUUUAAUUAAUUACCCAGACAUCAAGAUUGAUAAAGAAAUUGGUAAAGGCCAUUUCUCGAAGGUAUUGAAAGGCAACUGGAAAGGCAAGGAUGUAGCUGUUAAAAAAUUAAAUUCAAUUAAAGAUAAAGGUCGUGAAGAAAUGAUGACAGAGUUCAAAGCAGAGGUAGAGCUAUUGGGAUCACUUCAACACCCAAACUUGGUGACAUGUUAUGGCUAUUCUUUAAAUCCAAUGUGCAUAGUAAUGGAAUUUCUCCCUACUGGCAACUUGUUUGAACUAAUUCAUUCAAAGGAGCAAAAGUUGGAUUCUGCUUUAAUUUUACAAAUUGCUUUUGAUAUAGCACGUGGCAUGGCACAUUUACAUAGCCGUAAUAUUAUUCAUAGGGAUUUAAAAUCAAGUAAUCUUUUAAUGGAUAAGCACUUCAACAUAAAAAUAGCAGAUUUAGGUAUAGCAAGAGAAACAUCUUUCACUCAAACAAUGACAACUAUUGGUACUGUUGCAUGGACAGCUCCAGAAAUUUUAAGACACGAAAAUUACAAUCAAAAAGCAGAUGUUUAUAGUUAUGGUAUCGUUUUGUGGGAACUUUUAACUGGUGAGGAACCAUACGAAGGUAUCCCUCCAAUGAAUGCUGGCAUUUUAGUAGCUUCCAAAGGUUUAAGACCAGAACUUCCUGAAAAUUGUGAUCCAAAUUGGAAAAAAUUAGUAGUAUGGUGUUGGUCAGAAGAUCCAAACAAGAGACCAUCUUUCGAAGAAGUUACAAAUUAUUUAACUAAGACAUUUUAAAAAAAAAAAAAAAAAAAAAAAAAAAAAUAAUAACAACCUAUUUAUUUAUUUAUUAAUUAAUUAUAAUUUUAUAUUUAUUUAUUUAUUUAUUUUAUAAAAAAAGUAAAAGAGAAUAAAAGAAAUUUUAAAAUUUU